CUAAAUCCCAUUUCUCUAUGUCAGUCGUCAGUCCUCACUCGACUUGGAAUAAUAAGUUACAACUUACACAGCAGCCCGGCAGCCGGUUGUCUCUCAACUCUCAUCUCUGUGCGCAGCGCUUCUCACUGGCCACUGCUCAGUGCGCGCUGGCAACUCGAAGAUCAGUGCUCAUCGCGUCCUAAGGAAAUCUUUGUUUUGAUGGUAAAUUAAUAAUGGAAUCCAAUAAACUUGUGGUAAACAACACGAGUAGGCAGUAGCAGAGUAGUGGAGCACUCUAGAAGUUGAAGCGCAAAAAAUCUAGAUUGUGUUAGUUGAUAUGCUUGUUGACACAAGCCCAGCAAACCAAUCCACUGGCUUUGGCAGGCCCAUUUAGAGUCCAUAAUAGGCCCAGAUCGGUCUAUCCUUCUACCGUCAUUCUUCAUCAGUGAUAGCCAUCAUCGGCUGCCGGAGCUUUCGUCGAUUUUUGUUUCUUUCUCUCUUCUCCAGCGUCUCUAUAUCAUCUAGUGGCAGAUGAUUUAGGCGGAAUAUGGGAACUGUGAAUUUCAUUUGGAAUUUAACUAAGAAUUAUUUCACCUUUGGGCUCAUAGGCCUUACCAUCUCUGAUCGUUAUGCUAGUAUUGUUCCUGUUGGUGGCAUUUCAAUGUCUCCUACAUUUAAUCCACAUGAUGACAGUUCCAUGAGAUCCUUGACUCGUGACUUUGUUGUAGUGGAGAAGCUUUGCCUAGAAAAAUACAAGUUUUCCCUCGGCGAUGUGGUUGUCUUCAGCUCUCCAACUAAUCAUAAAGAGAAAAAUAUAAAGAGAAUAACAGCCUUACCAGGUGACUUGGUCAGUACUCCCCCUUAUGAUGCAGUAGUGAUCCCUGAAGGACAUUGUUGGGUUGAAGGUGACAAUCAGGCGUGGAGCUUGGACUCAAGAUCCUUUGGCCCUAUCCCUCUUGGUUUGGUUCGCGGAAGGGUUACCCAUGUUGUGUGGCCUCCUCACCGGGUUGGUAAAGUUGAUCGAAUGACACCAAAGAGCCUAACACCUUUCUAAUUGUAUUUUGAGUAUAUCAUAGAUUUCAAUUUGAUUGAUUUCAAUUGUAUUAUAGCCUGCAUAAUCAUUGUUCUUUAUACAGAAUCAAAUGUUUCAACUUUCGACUAUCACAUUAUUGUAUUGUUGUUUGCAGCUCCUUUUGGGCAUGACUUUGCACUGUUACCUUGUUA